CGAUGCGCUCGGGCGCGAGACUCUCCAGGCUCGCUGCGUAAAGACGGUGCGUCAGGAGGGCGCGAGCAGAUGCGGCUCUGGCCAUGAGCGGAUCCGGGAAGCGCAGCCUGCAAGCGGCGGUCUUCUUCCUGUGCGUCGCCCAGCUGACUGCAGGUCUGAAGUGCGUGUGCCAGCUGUGCGCCAACCGCACCUGCGAGACGUCGGCGGACGGCGCCUGCUGGAACUCGGUGAUGCUGGUGGACGGGAAGGAGGAGAUGGUCAAGUCCUGCCUGUCGCCGUCCGAGAUGAAGGGGCGCCUCUUCUGCUACAGCUCCAGAAACGUCUACAAGAGGAACUGCUGCUACACGGACUUCUGCAACAACGAGACCCUGCACCUUCACCCCGAGAGGCCUUUGGACGACGACGCCGGCUGGAGCGGGCUGCAGCUCGCGGCGGUGAUCCUGGUGCCCUGCUGCCUGCUGUGUCUCGGGGUCCUGCUGGGGGUGUUCGUGGUGCAGGGCCACCGGUGUGCCUACAGCCGAGCGCACAAGCAGGACGCAGAGGAGCCUCUGGACGACCAGCUGCUCAUGUCUCCAGACAAAUGUCUCAAAGACCUCAUCUACGACAUGAGCACCUCGGGCUCGGGGUCGGGACUGCCCCUCCUGGUUCAGCGCACCAUCGCUCGGACCAUCGUCCUGCAGGAGACCAUCGGGAAGGGUCGUUUCGGCGAGGUGUGGCGGGGGAAAUGGCGGGGAGAAGACGUGGCCGUGAAGAUCUUCUCCUCCAGGGACGAGAGGUCGUGGUUUCGCGAGGCAGAGAUUUACCAGACCAUCAUGCUCAGGCACGAGAACAUCCUGGGCUUCAUUGCUGCUGAUAACAAAGAUAACGGCUCGUGGACUCAGCUGUGGUUGGUGUCGGAGUACCACGAGCACGGAUCUCUGUAUGACUACCUGAACAAGUUCACCGUCUCCGUGGAAAGCAUGGUCGUCCUGGCCCUGUCCAUCGCCAGCGGGCUGGCCCACCUCCACAUGGAGAUCAUCGGCACGCAGGGAAAGCCUGCCAUCGCUCACAGAGACUUAAAGUCUAAAAAUGUUCUGGUGAAGAAGAACGGGACGGCCGUCAUCGCCGAUCUGGGUUUGGCCGUGAAGCACGACUCCAACACAAACACCAUCGACAUUCCGUCCAACCACAGAGUGGGAACCAAGAGGUACAUGUCCCCAGAAAUCCUGGACGAGACGAUCAACAUGAACAGCUUUGAGUCGUUCAAGCGGGCGGAUAUCUACUCACUGGGCCUGGUGUUCUGGGAACUGGCCAGAAGAUGCUCGGUUAAAGGACUUCAUGAGGAUUUCCAGCUGCCUUACUAUGACAUGGUGCCUUCAGAUCCCUCCAUCGAGGACAUGAAGAAGGUGGUUUGUGAUCAGAAGCUCAGGCCCAACAUUCCCAACCAGUGGCAGAGCUGCGAGGCUCUGCGUGUGAUGGGCAAACUGAUGAGAGAGUGCUGGUACGCCAACUCCGCCGCGCGGCUCACCGCUCUGCGGGUCAAGAAGACCGUUUCCCAGCUGUCCGCCAUCAAGGACGUCAAAGACUAGCGGGACUCGCUGCCCCUGCAGCUUUGCGCUGGUGCUGGCACGAGCGCGAGCAAAUCGGGAGAGUCCGUGGUCUCCCACAGUCCUUCAGGACGCGGCCGCCCCCCUCAGAAAGCUUCAGCGGGUUGUUGUCGGUGCCAAAUUAUCAUAGAGGUGUGUGUGGAAGAGUUACACAAAGACACCGGGUAGGAAAGAGCCAUAUGAUGUAAGUUAUGUAUGUAAACAUUGUUUUUUUUUUAACUACCUCAGUAUUUUAAGUGCCAAAAGCUUGAAGUUGCACGUUAUGUUUUUUGUGCCAUAUCUUGUUGCAGAUGCAGUACUCUUUAAUAGGUAGCGCACUAAAUGACAAUCACAGAGCACACUGGAUUGUGGGGGGGGGG